AUGAACGUUCGCAAGAAAUUCUGCUGGAAAAUAACAAUCCAACCUAACAUCCUCCUUCUGAAAACCUUUGGAUUUUGGCCUAAAGAUGACGAAGCUUUCAAGCUAGAUUUUUACACAGCACGCACCAUAAUCCUCGUUACAAUAUUUUUUCCAGUAUCACUGUUUUCCCAAGCAACAAAUUUGUUCUUCGUUCUUGACGAUUUAGUCGGGCUUACUGGAACUAUCUACUUGCUACUGACAGAGAUUAUGUGGGCUUUAAAAAUGUACUACUUUGUCAAAAACAUAUCCAUAGUCAAAACACUGAUGAAAAUGUUAAACCAUGACCUGUUUCAACCACGAGACGCCAGUCAAGUUGUCUUGGUUCAACCAAACUUGGACUUCUGGAAGACCAUCUACCAAAUGUUUAUGGUGACGGCUUUGGGUGGUAACUUAUUUUGGGCAGCUUUUCCCCUGUUUGAUAGAGCUAACGGAGAAAAUAGAUUACCAUUUUUUGCUUGGUAUCCAUACGAUACGAGCAUUUCACCUUUUUAUGAAAUUACGUACGUCCAUCAAGUGCUCACCUACACUUAUAUUGGUUUUACACACAUCAACAUUGAUACUUUGAUAGCGGCCUUCAAUAUGUACAUUUCUUGUCAGUUUGAUAUUUUGUGUGAUAACUUGAGGGACCUGCACUUUAGCGAUAACGUGAAAGACAAUUUGGCUAAGUGUAUCAAACACCAUUGGCUGAUUCUAAGUUUUGCUAAGAAGGAAAGUCAGUUCUUAAAGUCGAUCAUCCUUUUACAGUUUUUUAUUAGUGUCAUCAUAAUGGGAAUAACACUUUUCCAGAUAACUAUUGUUGCACCAUUCUCAGUGGAAUUUUUAUUUCUUGUAUCCUAUGAAAUGGCAGUAGUGGCGCAAAUAUUUAUAUACUGCUGGUUUGGCAACGAAGUACAAGUUAAGAGUAACAAUGUAUCCUUCGCAAUCUACGAAUCUAAAUGGCCCGAAUUUUCCAAAAAGAUACAAAAAAAUAUCUGGUUUUUUAUGUUCAGGUCACAGACGCCCCUUAGAAUGUCAGCACUAAAUGUUUUUUACUUAUCUUUGGAAUCUUUUAUGGCGAUUUUGAAAACCUCUUGGUCUUAUUUCGCACUACUUCAGCAGGUCAAUUCCUAA